ACCCGUCGAACUGUCAUUUUCACAGACUCACGAGUGUAUUGUUUGUCUUUAAAUAAUGACACUAUUUUAGAAACUGUUUGACAUCUCAGUGAAAAAUCAAUCAAAAUGGAUAACCUUAUUGUUAAAAGAAUACUUCACUCAGGGAAAAAAGUUGUUAAAUUCGUUCCUGGAACCAAAGUAAUUUUUCAUUUUCAAACUACAAAAUGUGAUGCUGCGAAAACAGUGAUUGAUGAUAGCAGAAAAAUGAGUAAACCUAUGGAACUUAUCAUUGGAAAACAAUUUAAACUUGAAGUUUGGGAAGUAAUUGUUCAAAAAAUGGCUAUCAACGAAGUUGCUGUUUUUACUGUUGAUAAAUCUCUGGUUGGGCCCUACCCAUUUGUAUCUAAAACUCUUAGAGAGUCUGGAAAACCAAAUGAUCAACGAUCUCACCAUUGUUGUGGAGUAACAUUACAAAAUGAAGGAAUUGGAUAUGAUGAUUUGAAUGAUCUCAUUAAACAUCCACAAAAUUUAGAAUUUACUAUAGAAUUAUUACAAGCUGUACAACCUACUGAGUAUGAAAAAGAAUCAUGGCAAAUGACUGAAAAAGAAAAACUUGAUAAUGUUCCUGUUCUACGAGAAAAAGGAAAUGCUUUAUUUCGACAAAAAAAUUAUGAAGCAGCAUCAGAAAUGUAUGCUAAAGCAAUUGGAAUAGUGGAACAACUUAUGCUUAGUGAAAAACCAAAGGACCCAGAAUGGUUAAAGUUGGAUGCCUUAAAAGUACCACUACUAUUAAAUUAUUCUCAAUGUAAACUUAUUAAUAAGGAAUAUUAUGCCGUCAUAGAGCAUUGUAAUACUGUUCUAAAGAGUGACCCAAAUAAUGUUAAAGCAUUUUAUAAAAGGGGCAAAGCACAUAUUGGGGCAUGGAACGAAAAAGAAGCAAUAGCAGAUUUAACAAAAGCAGCUGAAUUAGACAAAUCUUUGCAAGCUACCAUUGACAAAGAACUGCAAUUAUUUGCAAAUAAUAUUAAAGAAAGAGAUAAAAAACAGUCAAAGCAAUUUGCAAAUAUGUUUACAAGUUAAUUUUAUUUGUGAUUCCAAGUGAUAUGUUAAAGUAUUCGAUAAUCAAUGCUUUGGCGCAUAGUCAUACAAUGAACUUCAUCAAUU